AUGAGUGGAUCCAUCUCAGAUUUUGAAGACAUUCUCCAAUUUUCUAAGGAGUUGUUUUGUCGAAAUGACAGAAAAUUAGAGGAAAGAUGGCCAAGAAAUUGGCAAGAGACUCAAUCAGUUCUCAAAAACUGUGGAUACAAUGCCCUAAGAGAACUUUAUGUUUGCCUGGACGAGAGCCACUAUGCACAGUGGGAUGUCAUGGAAAAGGCAGACGAAACGUGCAGACAUUGUGAUUCUGAAUGGAUGCUUCCUGUGAAAUGUAAAUUCUGUACCAACAUAAUUAGUGUCGAUGAAAUGAAGGAGUGUCCCCAAGAAGAUGGAAGGUAUGAAAUCACAUGUCCUGAAUGUGGAACAAGGUGGGAGCAAACACCAUCCUAUGCCACAGGUGACCCCCGCAACAUUGCUCUUAUUGGGCACUGGGACGGAUGGCAACCUUUCGGAUACCCUGGAGCACAUAGUUGUGGUGCAAUAGAAGUGACCAUUGCAAACAUGGCUAAAGCUGAGCGAUGCAGUACUGAUCAGAUAUAUGUAGUAGGUUUUGUACCUUCUUACCAGCUACCCAAAAGUCGGCCUUGCUCACUGGAUCCCUUCUUGCAUCCUCUCAUCAGUGACAUCGAAGACAUCUUUAUCGAUGGUCUUGAAGUUGACUAUGUUGAGUCAUUUCCUGGUCUUCCGGCAGGAAGGAUCAUCUUGCGCAUCUUGAUUCUGCUAUGGACAGGUGACUAUCCUGCACAACACGAAGUAGGGAAGUUCAUCAAACAUGGUAUAUUACCAUGCCGUAGAGACAAACUAAAAGGUACUAUCAAUCCAGAGGGUGGAAGCACAUACUAUUAUGUUAAUAAUCGGUACCACGCCAGAUUUGCAUGGGAGGAGCGAAAGCUGGAAGAAGACUUGAAAACGAUGAAAGAUAUAAAUGAGGAAGACCGCAAAACUGUUCGGGCAGAAAAAAGCAGGAACAGUGGUUAUACUGGAUUAAGCGUCCUUUAUCGACUGCACAAACUUUAUGGAUUUGACAUUUUCAAGGAUCUUGUGUAUGACACUAUGCAUAACCUCCCUUCAAAUGUCAUAGCAGCACAACUCAAAAGCUUCAUCACUCUUGAGAAGAUUGACAGUAAAUUAGUUGACCAACGUCUACGCUUCUUUCCUUGGACUGCAGAAUUGAAAGAUGGAAGAAUUCCUAAUGGUUAUGGUUCUCGCCUGGCCUUUUGGAAGGCAGAAGAACUCCACAAAUUUGCCUUUCCAGCCUCUGAAGUAAUAUUUGCUGACCUCUUAGAAGAUAUGGAUUAUCCCAUUUGGCAACUUACUGUCAGGAUGACAGAACUUGUCUUCUGUAAACGGGAUGGAUGGGUGCUCGAUGAUGUUCAUCUUUUCUCCAAGUUAGCUCAACGCUACUUAGUGCUUACUGAAGAGCAUAGGGGUCUGACUUCAUGUACAGUCACUGAGCACAACCUUCUUCAUAUUCCUGACGAUGCUAUGCGGUUUUCACACCCUGACAACUACUGGUGUUUUCCAUUUGAAAGGGCAGUGCGGAGGUAUGUUACAACAAAGUCCAACUUUAAGAACAUUGAAUGCACCUAUGCCAAAAAAGAAGCACGACGUGAAUUGCUUCAACAUCUCUCCUCUAGCAUCAAGGACCAGCCCAAACAGUACAAGUUCUGCCUGGAAAAGAUGAGUGCCACCAGUUUGGAAGGAGCAAGACACUUAAGUGACAUUGCCAAAACCUCACCUCGUCAUGAGAACUACAGCAAAAAGGGAAUUCUUGUUGGUGGGUCUGAGAGAAAUGAAGUCCAGCUGUCAAAACAGGAUGUGGAUCUCAUCAAAUCAAAGUUUACUGGGUCAAGUACAUCAAGUGGUGAAGUUCUUGUUCCGGAAAUAGCUUUGGCUUACAGAAGUCUUCUUUUACCACAACAAGGUAUUCAAGGUCAGGGCCUAUUGUACAGGACAGGAGAACAUGUUUUUCUUAACAUGAACAAUGUCCAAUCAGUUGUUUUGGUAGAAAAAUUUCUAGGUCUUGAGAUUGAAGGAGAAUACCACAAGUUUAUUCAAGGCCAGUUACUUCCAACUAAACAAGAUGAUGAUGGUAAACUUGUAACAUUUGCAAGUACUGGCUUUCCCAUUUUAUGCCAUGGGAGUCUUUCUCAGAAGAUUAUUGUACCGGUGCCAAGUAUUUUGAGAAAGGCUAUAGUUUUUCCUAAUCCUUCUGAGCCUUUAGAAUCAAUUGUUGUCGAUUUUAUGAGGAAGAGCAUGCCACUGUCUCCAAACGAUGUGGUAGUACCAUUGUACCCAAAGGAAGGAGAGAUGGUUUUCAUCAACGGAACUGAUCCCCAGCCAUGGUUUGGAAGGGUGUUAAGUGUUGAUGCAAGUCACCAAAUUGCCAAAGUUCUGUACUACAACAAGGUUGGAGAGAGGGAAGAUGUAUAUGGGUCUGUUAUUGCUAUGUAUUCCCCAGAAAGAAAUCCUCGUUUAGCCAGUGAUAAAGUUUCCUGGAACACUUUACUUCAUAAUGCUGAUGGAGACUGGAAUGAGGACAUAUGGGAAAUGGUGCCAGUUGAUUAUUAA